AUGGCGCUGAGAACGCCGACGCAGCGCUUGGCUCGCGAUGCCUUGAGGAGCAGCACCUCUUCCCGCCUCAGCCUACCCCGGCUCGAGUCCCAGAGCAGGCACUUCGCGACUCCCGUGCCUCCCGUGACGCAGGACGCCACCGGCUCCAAGGGCCCUACCGCCAUGGUCUUCCUCAACAUGGGCGGUCCGUCGACGACCGGCGAGGUCGGCGACUUCCUGAGUCGCCUCUUUGCCGACGGCGACCUCAUCCCUCUCGGUCGAUUACAGUCAUACCUCGGGCCAUUGAUAUCGGCGAGGCGGACGCCCAAGAUUCAGAAGCAGUACGCCGCCAUCGGCGGCGGGUCUCCGAUCCGGAAGUGGUCCGAAUACCAAAACGCCGAGAUGUGCAAGAUCCUAGACAAGAUCUCCCCGGAGACUGCGCCGCACAAGCCCUACGUCGCGUUCCGGUACGCAAACCCUCUGACGGAGGAGAUGUACACCAAGCUUCUGGAAGAUGGCUUCGGCAACGGGAGGGGCGGCCGAGCCGUCGCCUUCACGCAGUAUCCUCAGUACUCGUGCUCGACGACAGGCAGCAGCUUGAACGAGCUUUGGAAGUGGCGUCACAGGCUCGAGGGCAAAUCUGCGUCGGAUAAUGGAAACGGGACUAUCACGUGGAGCGUCAUUGACAGAUGGCCAGUCCACCACGGCCUCGUCGAGGCGUUCGCGCAGAACGUCGAGGCCAAGCUGGCGGAGUACCCAGAGGAGAGACGCAAAGACGUCGUGUUGCUUUUCUCGGCGCACAGCCUGCCCAUGUCUGUCGUCAACCGAGGUGAUCCAUACCCCGGUGAGGUCGCCGCCACUGUAUACGCCGUGAUGCAGCGCCUGAAGUUCUCCAAUCCAUACCGCCUGUGCUGGCAGUCGCAGGUCGGCCCGUCCGCCUGGCUGGGGCCGCAGACAGCGACUACCGUGGAAGAGUACAUCGCCAAGGGUCAGAAGGACCUCGUUCUCAUCCCAAUCGCUUUCACGUCUGAUCACAUUGAGACGUUGUAUGAGCUGGACGAGGAGGUGAUUGGCGAGAGUGGGCAUACGGACACGGUGAAGCGGGCCGAGAGUCUCAACGGCAGCCCCGUCUUCAUUGAUGCCCUAGCCGACAUCGCGAAGACGCACCUCGAGAGCGGAGUGGCCUGCUCUCAGCAGAUGGGUCUGCGCUGCCCAGGAUGCAAGAGUGACAGGUGUCUUGAGUCCAAGAAGUUCUUCGCUGGCCAGCAGGCCAACGUGUUCCCUCUGGGUGGCAAGGCGGCGGUCUAG